GUGCGCAUCUUGCAGGGUGUGUGACGCAGGUAGUGGAGCGACGGCAGCAAUGUUUACAUCUCAGACUUCUUCUUUCCAGGAGUCCAUCGACGUAGAUGAUAAAGAUGCAGACUUCGACAGUGAAGAUCUGGCCGCAUAUGGACAGAAAAUACAGCAGAUGAACUGUUAUUAUUCUCUGUAUUUUUACCAAAGCGCGAGAUCUGAAUCUUCGGAGGAGAGUGUAUCCUGGAGCCAGAGGAGAGCCGACUCCACCACGAGCCAGGAGGACUUUAGUCUCACCCUAUUGGACAGCAGCCUGCCAUCAGAUGCGGAGCCUGAGCUGCGAAGCUACAUCUCACGCAGACUGAGUAAAGGAGCUCUGCUCGGUGGCAUGGGCAACAUCGCGACAGUGGAGCUGAGUCUUCCUGAGCAGGCAGUGGGGUGCUACUGCUGCUUCCUGGAGCAGGAGAAAUCUCCGGAACAGCCCGAGGCGAACGGUAACGGCUGGGUGGUUUGUCUUCUUGGAGGCUCUGAGAAAGGCCUCAACCUGUUCAGAAUCGAGCUGGACAAGUACGUGCAGGGUCUCCAGAGCAGCCUGACACCCGAAAUGCAGAAUCUGGAGUCGGCAGUCCGUCCUUAUCUGAGCCGCUGGUACGAGGAGUCCAUCAUGCACAUCCACCGAGUGGUGCAGCUGGUGCAGAGCAACAUCAACUUCCUGCUUCAUGCUGCUUUGAGUCACACUCAUGUGGAGGUGACAGGAGCAGAUGAGACGAUCAAGACUGACGUAGCAAGGUUCAUUAAAGCGGCGAGUCUUCAGGGUCUGGUGCAGGAGGAGCCAAACACCACAUCGCUGUGUAAAGCCAUUUCUGAGGCAUCGCACUCGGACCUGCUGAUCGAUUGCUCCAGCGGAGAGACGACUUUCACCAACGCAGUGACGAACCGGUUCUGUGAUGAGUGGAUCCAGGCGUUUGUGAACGCAGCUGAGCGUUUUAACCCGUUCCUCCUGCGCCAGAUCCUGGAGAACUUCAAGCUAAAGGCGAUCCAGGACAUGAACAACCUGAAGCGCUUUAUCCGUCAGGCAGAAAUGAGCCACUACGCUCUGUUCCGCUGCUGCCUUUUCCUGCAGAGCUGCGGGAACGGAGACGUGCUGCUGCAGAACGCUCGAGCUGAACACAGCGGCCUUCCCGAAGCCUGCAGCAUCAUCCGUGUGCUGGAGGAGUUCCUCAGCGAGCAGGCUGUGAUCACGGCACAGUGAAACGUGCGUCCAUGUCCGUUCCACUUUGCUGUCAUUGUGGGCUCAGGAAUUCGACUGGCACUCUGUGCGAAUACUGACAGUGCAGUGAGGCGGUGUGGCCUGCAGGGGGCAGCGUGGAAAUGAAAUGUGGACAAUCUGUGGACAUUCCUACUGUACAUUAUCGCUCUGAAUUCUUGACUGCAGUUUCAGGAUGAGUGUCAAGCAUCCAAUCAAAUAGUUUUGGUUUUAAAAAAUAUUAAGAGCAAAUGUGGUCUUAAUUUGGUCUUGUGUUGGCCGACACACGUCUCAUCGUACACACUAAUGAUUAUCUCGUCACCUUCUUCAAACACUAAUAAUGAAAAAUUGUAAAGCCAGUGAUCUUAAUUAUCCCAUCAUCCUGCUCACUAAUCACAAGCUCACAUCAGUGGGCUGUUAAAUAUUGUGUGUUGCGACUGUUUUAAUUGUGAAAUUUGUCAUCAUCAUCGCUACUGCACUGCUCUGUAUAAUGAAUUUAACCACAACACGGCCAGUGAACUGAUUUUUUUUUUUUGCAUUAAAUAACUGAUUUGAUUGCACUGAUUUGUUUUCCAUUGUGUUUAUUCUUCUUGAAUGAGACGCGGUGUUUCGGUGUGUUUGUGAUCCUGAAUGUGUCUGAGUGUACUGUGAAUAAAUACACCUGAAAAUA